UCAGCGCACAAAGCAGAGCGCUCUUACAGAAGAAGUGAGAGUAGAAUUAGAGGAAGAGGCUUGUGGAAAAAGGAACAAAAUAAAGAAAUAAAAGGAAACUCAACAGCCUCGCUGAUGAUCACCCACCAUCUUUAAAAACAUAUUUUGAGAGAGAGAGAGAAAGUAAAUUCGUCAGCAUGAUGAAGUUGGGGUGUUGCCUCUGCUUCCUUGUUCUAGCAAUUUCUUCUCUUUCCAGAGGAGAAAAAAAUACUACUGUUGAAAAUAACGUGGAAUAUGCAGAUCCCUCUGUACAGCCGACGCCACCUCCACAUCCGGCGGAUGAAGCUCAAAAUGAAGCUGUUCGUUCCACGUCGCCCUCCCCUUCUCUUCAUACAUCAUCAAAUGUAACAGAUCUGCUGCCAAAUGCCACUAUGAUUCAAGAAAAGGGUUAUAUUCUUCAUGGUGAUGGUAAUGACACUGACACAAAGAAGAACAUCAGUGGCAGCACUGCAGUAGAGGAGACAACCACGUUUGCCGGGAAGGAGGAUGAAAAUGGCGAUGUGAUGACUACGUCUAUGGCAAUGGCCAGUACCACAUUAGACCCAGAUGAAAUUGAAGGCACUCAUUCGCACUGGGCUUAUGUGAUCCUGGCUUUUAUCAUCCUGGUGAUCAUUAUUCUGAUUAUUAUUCUCUACAUGCUCAGGAAAGUCUCCAGGUCGUACUCGUUUGACCUCCAGCGUCCGGUUCACAGCAACCAUCAUGAUGAACCCACCGGAACCUUUGAGCCAGUCUACCUGGAUGACCUGGAUCGACCAACCCCUAAAGACCAAGUGACCACCGAUGACCUUUCACCUCCUCCAGUAACCAAUGGCACAACUCUACAGUCAGAGGAAAAGGGCUCCAAUGGAGACAAUGCUACACAGGAACAGCCAGACGCAAAUGGUCCUGAGACUACGGUCACCAUUGACACCAGUCCCUCGCCGGGUGACGAUGUAGCUGACAAGACAUCCAGCCCUUUGAGCAACACCGACCUGUUCUUCGACGCUAUAGGGGAGGAGCAGCAGAACGAAAACAACAACAACCCAUCGGUUUGCUCCAGGGACCCGUUCGUGGAAAUCAACCUCGAUGACCCCGCGUGGUGCGAUCAGCUCCUCACCUCUCCUGAAGCUCCUUCUUCCGUCCUCCCGUUCUCUCCUUUCUCCUUCUCCUCCUCCUCCUCCUCUUCUUCUUAACAUCUUCACUGGUGACCCCUCAGCUCAACAUGGGGGCAACAACUGUCUAUAAAAUAUCUACAAAGAUUUAGAUCUUUUUAUUCCCAUUCUGCUCAGAACUAGUCGGGAUUACUCGGUAGAUAUCAGUGUAUAAAUCUCAACCAACAUGCUGUAAAUACAUUUGUUGUGGUGCAUUCAGACUGGAACAACAAAACACACUGACAGUAUAUCUAUAGGUCAAACAACAGUCAGUUUAGUUAAUAUGAACUAACUGUUAGUUAACUAUUCAGUAGUGUCUUCAAAUUGAAUGAGCAGCCUGCAUCUUCUGAUGGAGCUAUAUUAUAUGCACUGUUUCUCAAACUACAAAAAUAUGUUGCAAGCAAGAUAUUAAAUGGAUCUGUAUGUCUGCUGUCUGACAAAAUAAUGUUUUAACUGCACAACUAUAGAGCCACAGUUACUGUAAAUAUGUUAUCUAGUAUAGAAUAUGGGUGAGUGAGUUCAGUACUCUUCAAAUUCUACAUUUUAAAUCAGAAUUUUGUGAGGUUUGAAUGUUUCUGUGUAUUAUACUAGGCAUUGAAAUGCUUGGACAUUUGUACAAUUUUCAGUAUUUGUUUUUACUGACACUUUUUUAUGAAUAGAUUUUUUGAACAAAAUAAUGCAAGAGAAAUUAAUACAAAAUACUUUUCACUGCUGUCAUUUUUCUUUAUGUAGGAAACAUUUUAUACCGUGAUAUAAAAAUAUGUAAC